AACAAGUCUCAUCUAACUGUCAGUGUGAUAUUGUCAAAAUAAUAGUUUUCCCGGCUUUGGAAAUACUUACUUUAGAAUACAUUUUAAUUAUUCACUCGUCCUUUUUAAAAGUAAUUUACAAUUUACAUCAGUUAAACGAUUGAGUACAUUUAGUGGCUGAAGUACCGAGACCAUAAUAAAACAAUUUGGAGGUUAAGUAUGUGAGAACAACAACAUUUCCAAUAAAAAUCAAAUUAAAAAAGAAUACAUCACGAUGUCUGACCCAAAAGUAGAAGAAACUAUAUUUAAAUACGAAACCUUCAUAAACGACGUACUAAGAGAAGACCUGCGUCGAGUGCAAAUACGAUUAGAAAAGAUCAACACAGAAACAUCGGACCUAAUACAAGAGAAACACACAAUAAAAGUGAUUACAGACAAGAAGAUGCACCCUGACGGGUUUAAGACACAAGUAAAUAUAGGCUGUAACUUUUUUAUGGAGGCGGCAGUCCGGGAUACUUCAACAUUGCUCAUGAAUUUAGGUUUAAACACUUAUUUAGAGUUUACACUAGAAGAAGCGAACAAGUACUUGGAUGUACGAAUAAAGGCGUUUGAGGAGAUGGCUACGGCAUUGCAGGAUAAGGCUGCUAAGAUCAGAGCACAUAUCAAAAUGAUGCUUAUUGGUAUCGGGCAGUUACAGGAUGAACUUAAUAUGGAAGAUUCGAAGCGACGUAAUGUACAUGAUGAAUCGUUGUAUGGUGUAAAAGAGAGAUAGAUGCGUUAUUAUUAUGUUGAAGAUUGUGGCAGUCAUAUUGUGUCUGUCUGUAAUGAGGGAUUUAUUGUUUAUAGUUUUCUUUCUAUAGUCGGAGAUGCGUAAACUAAUUUCUAAGCACUUGUUAUGUUGUAUUCAGUACCCUUAAU